AUGAUUCACACUGGAGAUAACCCGUUCAGUUCUCACCAACGUAUUCACACUGGAGAAAAAACAUUUAGAUGUGAUCAGUGUGAGGCAGCUUUUACUGCGUCAGGAAAGCUAAAGAUUCACCAACGUAUUCACACUGGAGAUAAACCGUUUAGGUGUGAUCAGUGUGGAGCAUUUUUUACCCAACAAGGCAAUCUAAGGACUCACCAACGUAUUCACACUGGAGAUAAACCUUUUAGGUGUGAUCAGUGUGGAGCAUCUUUUACCCAACAAGGCAAUCUAAGGACUCACCAACGUAUUCACACUGGAGAUAAACCGUUUAGGUGUGAUCAGUGUGGAACAGCUUUUACCACAUCAGGUAAUCUAAUGACUCACCAACGUAUUCACACUGGAGAUAAACCGUUUAGGUGUGAUCAGUGUGGAACAGCUUUUACCACAUCAGGUAAUCUAAUGACUCACCAACGUAUUCACACUGGAGAAAAACCAUUUAGGUGUGAUCAGUGUGGAGCAGCUUUUACUGAGUCAGGAAAGCUAAAGAUUCACCAACGUAUUCACACUGCAGAAAAACCGUUUAGAUGUGAUCAGUGUGGAGCAGCUUUUACUGAGUCAGGAAAGCUAAAGAUUCACCAACGUAUUCACACUGGAGAUAAACCAUUUAGGUGUGAUCAGUGUGGAGCAGCUUUUACCCAACAAGGUCAUCUAAGGACUCACCAACGUAUUCACACUGGAGAUAAACCGUUCAGAUGUGAUCAGUGUGGAGCAGCUUUUACCCAACGAGGUAGUCUAAUGACUCACCAACGUAUUCACACUGGAGAUAAACCGUUUAGGUGUGAUCAGUGUGGAACAGCUUUUACCACAUCAGGUAAUCUAAUGACUCACCAACGUAUUCACACUGGAGAAAAACCAUUUAGGUGUGAUCAGUGUGGAGCAGCUUUUACUGAGUCAGGAAAGCUAAAGAUUCACCAACGUAUUCACACUGCAGAAAAACCGUUUAGAUGUGAUCAGUGUGGAGCAGCUUUUACUGAGUCAGGAAAGCUAAAGAUUCACCAACGUAUUCACACUGGAGAUAAACCGUUCAGAUGUGAUCAGUGUGGAGCAGCUUUUUCCAGACUAGAUAGUCUAAGGAUUCACCAACGUAUUCACACUGGAGAUAAACCGUUCAGAUGUGAUCAGUGUGGAGCAUCUUUUACCCAACAAAUCCAUCUAAGGACUCACCAACGUAUUCACACUGGAGAUAAACCGUUCAGAUGUGAACAGUGUGAGGCAGCUUUUACCACAUCAAGUCAGCUAAAGAAGCACCAACGUACUCACACGAGUGAUAAACUCUAAAGAUUUGAUCAGUAUGAAGUGUGGAAUUGCAAAAAACACCUCAGCACAAAAAGCAAAAUAAUCAGACAACGUCAUACCUAAAACUUGAAAGACUAACAUA